UUGCAUUUUGGUUGGCAGCCAGCGGUGAGCAUCAGAACAGAGGCAGGCGCGGUCCCCCCUCCAAGAAACUCAACUCCUGUGCCACCAAGGGGUUCUGCGCUCCAGUGCAUGUUUCCCCCUUCUCUCUCGCUAUGCCUCAUGAUCACCGUUGGUAGUGGAGGAACAGGGGAGGCUGGCGGGCACACGGAACAGUAUAUUGGCGAUUUGGACGAAGAACAAGCGCAAAAAGCACGGGAACAAUCUAGGCCAGUUUCCAGGAGGUCCCGCACUUCCGUCGCCCAAUGGGGAAAAGGGCUUGCUCACGGAACUGCGACGGAGAGAGCCUAGAAGUGAGCUGGGAACAACCCUACUUGAGCAUCUACCACCACGCACCACAGCAUCUUUGCACGGUAAUCGUCAUUUAGAUCAGAAAGCU